AUGCAACGGCAGUUCAACGAAGUAUUUUCCUUUCCAUGUCUUUUAGGUAUCAUCUACAGAUUUUGGCUCUUCAUUGAUCCCGACGCGAUCAAAAAAUUUCCGGAAGACUGUGCAGUUAACAAGCUUAUUCUCCUCAAACAUGCCUCUUCGCCCGACUCCUCGUGGCAUUUCAUGCUAACCUACGAGGCUCUACAAAACCGACAUUUUGCAAAAAAUGAAAGCCAAAAGCAAGUCUUCGUAGUAGGUGCCCGACUCAUGGCACCACCAAAUCUGCUUUGGCAAAUUGAUGGCUGUUCAGCUGAUGACAUUAGACUGCUGCCUGGUAGGUGGACUCAGGUAACGGUGAAGUGGAAUCUGACUCACAUCACAAUGCGAUUUAAUGGACGAAUCUGUGCUAGUGAGCCGUUGACUACAGUCCAGAAGGUCCAACAAGGUAACCUCUUCUCUCCUAGGAACACAGCUUUUGUUUUCCUUGGGAGAAGUGCCCGCAGGCCCGUAAAUGAAACGCUCUGCAACGUGAGAAGUCCCACUUACGUUAUACGAGACUUCUCUUUCUCUGUUAUGAAACCCUCUUCAAACACGAAGCCCGCUGAAGCGUACUCGUUUAUAUAUUUACAACACCGAGUUCCUCCCGACGGUAUUAUGUACCUACAGGAACAAAUUGAGGUACUGAUGAAUUCAGUCAGCCGGAGUCCUUCAAACGCGACACUGAUGAACAAUAAAAUCCAACUACCAAAAACGUUUAUGGAUAACAUCUUCGUCACCUUCACGCUUUUACCACUAGACAGAGUCAGGAGUCAAAACGGCAAAACGCUGACAGUUCUUCGUAUUCCGGAGUUGGGUUUUCAAGUCACACUGCAGCGGCUACAGGGGAAUAACUGGGCCUUGCGUCUCUUCCACGCGAUCGAGGAUGAAGGCUGUGAAUCCGUUGAAAGUCGUUUCUAUGGGCCAAAGGUUUGCUUAAAAGUUCCAUGCCACUUUGAGAUCGAGCGCGGACCUUCAACAAACUUUACUGUGGUGUGCCAGAAAGAGCGAAUGACUUUGAUGUCACAGGAAAUGACUGUGAGCAAGCAGGAUUGCACUCAGUUCAUCGGGGUAGACAUCUGUAAUGAAUCUUUGGUGAGCCGUUUGAAGAAUGGCAGCAAUAUGUCCGUCCUGCACUGUGCUUUCAAUAAUCUGCUCCCCUAUUCUGAUGUCUCGCUAUAUUUCUACCCAAAGCCGAAACUUCUAGAAUUCGGAAUUAUCCAUAUAGGCGCAUUUCCUACCCUGGAAUGCCACUUUACUCAACUUGAAGCGAUGAUAUCCGGAGAGAUUAACCCGAAUGCCCUUGUAUCGACCGACUUCUGUCGCCUCUCCCCUGAACUCUCCAAUUUGUCCAUCAAUCUUCUCAAAGUUGGUGGUGUGGAAACAGCUAGCAACGACGACGAAUUCGAGCAGAGUAAUGCCAGGGACCAGGCCUUUCCCAUUUCUACUGACGUUCCGCAAGCUCACCCAGUAAUUCAUGUAACAGACCAGGAUGCAGAUUGCAUUAAAGGCUGUAACCCCUCCACUGCAGCUUUGCAAUGCUUCCGUGCACUGGAGUUCUGUCACUUUGGCGUGACAAUCGCCUUCUGGAUGGUUUAUAUACCGUCAUCUCAGGAGGAGAAGCCGUCUACUCAACAAACCUGGCGUGUAGCUGAACUCGUAGGGCUUAGCAACAGUCGUUUGACCAUUUCUUUGGCGAUUGAUUGGACUGACACCGCUCAAAGUGGCGAUGGGGAUGUUGCGCUGACGCUAAUGGCUGAAUUAAGGAUGGACCGUGCCUAUGCCCCCGGUUACACCGUCGCCAACAUCUGGAAAGCAACGGUUAGUCCAAAUCAAAUGAAGGAGGCAGACAGUAAGUGGGCUUUUGUGGUCGUCUCCUGGUCAGACUUCGGCGGACUGGAAGUCUCUAUAAAUGAGCAGUUAAUUACCACUGGAAACCGAACACUAGAGCGUGAACGGGAGGGAACUAGGCCGCCGAAUGUACUGUCCGACGGUCUUUACAUCGGUGGACUACUGGCGGGGUUUGAUGCGGAAGACGCAAAAAUUCCAAUGUGCAACAUUCACACAUGUAUUGCAGAUGUGACCUGCCGUGAAGAUUCGGAGAGAACUUCCAGUUCAACCAAGUCAAGACUGUAA